AUGGAUAACCAAACCCAGCAGCCGGCGAUCAUAUCCCACCCGGCGAAUGCGCAGCAGGCCAAAGCCUUCACUGCACCGACGUCGCUCUCAUUCCCAGGAGGAGCCGGCGACUUGACUCCUCCUUCGUCUGAGAAAGACGGACAAGCCCAGAGCAAUGGCAACGGGGUGACACCCGCGACUCCCGCUGCGACUCCUGGUGCUGGUCAAGGUGCGAGCGGCAUCGUGCCGACGUUGCAAAACAUCGUCGCCACCGUCAAUCUCGAUUGCCGCUUGGAUCUUAAGACGAUUGCUCUGCAUGCUCGCAACGCCGAGUACAAUCCAAAGCGUUUUGCCGCUGUGAUCAUGCGAAUACGCGAGCCGAAGACCACCGCACUCAUCUUUGCCUCGGGCAAGAUGGUCGUCACCGGCGCAAAGUCCGAAGACGACUCCAAGCUCGCGUCCCGAAAGUACGCUCGUAUCAUUCAGAAGCUCGGCUUCAACGCUCGCUUCACGGACUUUAAGAUCCAGAAUAUCGUCGGCUCCUGCGACAUCAAGUUCCCCAUCCGCCUCGAGGGCUUGGCUAGCCGUCAUCACAACUUCAGCUCGUACGAGCCAGAGCUGUUCCCGGGCCUGAUCUACCGCAUGAUGAAGCCAAAGAUCGUCCUCUUGAUCUUCGUCAGUGGCAAGAUCGUCCUGACGGGCGCCAAGGUGCGCGAUGAGAUCUACGCCGCUUUCGAGAUGAUCUACCCAGUGCUAUCAGACUUCCGAAAGGCUUAA